CCAUCCUUAUCUUGACAGCCUAGCCACAUAAAAAGGACAUGUACCUCUACCGUUUACGACACUCAGCUAACUAGCUAAUUAGCAAGCGCAUAUAGCCUUGGACUUCAUUGUCCACAUAAAUCUUUGAGGGGCAGUGGUUUUUAUUUUUCAUAAACUGAAGUAUAUAUGGAGUGAAUUAGUCAUUUCAAUGGCGUUCAAUGGCCACCAACGCGACGAUGAAAGUAUCAACGAAGACGAAACGCCCACGGAGCAGCCGCAGUCCAACAAGGAGAUGCCCGGUUGUUUCAGUAACGAUCCCAAUAAUGAGGCAGCCGCGUCCGCAGGAAGAGCCACAUCAGACAGGCGUACCUCGUACUCGACGGCGAGGCAACGGAGCGACUCUGUGAAGAAAACAAGGCCGCCAUUUCCCUGGUUUGGGAUGGACAUUGGAGGCACCCUGGUGAAGCUGGUGUACUUUGAGCCCAAAGACAUCACAGCAGAGGAGGAGCAGGAAGAGGUGGAGAACCUGAAGAGCAUCCGGCGCUACCUAACCUCCAACACCGCCUAUGGUAAAACAGGCAUCAGGGAUGUACACCUGGAGCUGCAGGACCUGACUCUGUGCGGCAGGACAGGCAACCUGCACUUCAUCCGCUUCCCCACGCAUGACCUGCCGGCCUUCCUGCAGAUGGGCCGCAACAAGCACUUCUCCAGCCUUCACACCACCCUCUGCGCCACAGGAGGGGGGGCGUACAAGUUUGAGGCUGAUUUCCGCAUGAUGGCGGACCUGCAGCUUCACAAGCUCGAUGAGCUGGACUGUUUGAUUCGGGGGGUGUUGUACAUCGACUCGGUGGUGUCCAGCGGACCCUCAGAGUGCUACUACUUUGAAAACCCCACUGACCCAGAUCGCUGCAUCCAGAGGCCAUAUACACUUGAGAACCCCUAUCCUCUGUUGCUGGUCAACAUAGGUUCUGGAGUCAGCAUCCUGGCCGUCUACUCUGAGAAUAACUACAAACGCGUUACAGGGACCAGCCUCGGUGGAGGGACCUUCCUGGGCCUGUGUUGCCUGCUGACUGGCUGCUCUACUUUCGAGGAAGCUCUAGAAAUGGCUUCUGAAGGGGAGAGCACCCGAGUGGACAAGCUGGUUCGGGACAUCUAUGGAGGCGACUAUGAGAGGUUUGGACUGCCAGGCUGGGCUGUAGCCUCAAGUUUUGGCAACAUGAUGUCCAAAGACAAAAGGGAGUCGGUGUCCAAAGAGGACCUGGCCAGGGCAACACUGGUCACCAUCACCAACAACAUCGGCUCCAUCACCAGGAUGUGUGCUCUCAAUGAGAACAUAGAGAGAGUGGUGUUUGUGGGUAACUUCCUGAGAGUGAACACACUCUCUAUGAAGCUGUUGGCUUACGCCAUGGACUACUGGUCUAAAGGGCAGCUCAAGGCUCUCUUCCUACAUCAUGAGGGUUACUUUGGAGCGGUUGGAGCCCUGUUAGAGCUUCUGCAUCCGUCCUAAUCUGUCUGAACUACAUUCAAAGAAGUACUUGUCAAUCUGCUGCAGAGACCAUUAGCACUUUAGACUCUCCAGAAUUAAUUCCACAAAGGAAUGUUAUGCCAGCCUCCAGACAGUUACUGGGAAGUUUUGGUUGUGGCCGGCACAUUGUUAAACAUUUGGAGGUCCGAUUAUGUUCUCAGAAAUCAAGUUGGUUUGAAGAAUGGUGAAAGUAGCUUCUAAAUUGUGAUUCACAUCUGCUGUUGUGGACAGCUGAUGGCUGCCUGUUUCCUUCCCUGACCAAAGUGUUAUGCAGCGACUUCAACAAAGUCAUUGUUUGCAGGAACUAGCCAGCCAGGUUGGUCCGAAAACCUCUUAUGGAAAGUCACCACGGUUGCCUGUAAUACUGGGGUAAUGAAGUACUGGCCAUCACAUAGUCUUGGCUUAACGUGCACUGGGUGUCAGUAUUUGGGUACCAGGUGGAUGGGAGCUUAAUUGAACUCUAGUGUAUGAGUUUAUAUGAUGGGUGGUCCAACUUAAAGAUGAUCAUAGGAAAGAUUUUUACUAGAAAAGCAUCUUUCACCAUGGUUUAUUUCCUGAAUAUGUUGAUUAGUGUAUAACAAGUCUGAAAAUAGCUAAAAA